AUGUCGCAAGCAGCAAACAUUCUAAUUGCUUGCACCGGUAGUGUAGCGGCUAUCAAACUUCCGGUGCUAGUUUCAAAAUUACGUGAGUCUGGAAGGGAUUUAAACAUUAGGAUUGUUGUGACGAAACACGCAGAGCACUUUUUCUCCACCGAAGACAUUCCUGCCAACGUCGCACACAUUUACCGAGAUGAAGACGAAUGGACCAGCUGGAAGGGGCGAGGCGAUCCGGUUCUACAUAUCGAGCUUGGAAAAUGGGCAGACAUAAUGGUCAUAGCACCGCUCGAUGCUAACAGUCUGGCAAAGAUAGCCCAGGGGUUGUGCGACAAUCUGCUGCUCUGCACGGUACGCGCUUGGGAUUUCUCGAAGCCAUUGUUUUUCUGCCCGGCUAUGAAUACCCGUAUGUGGGAACAUCCCAUUACGGCCGGACAGAUUGAAACGUUGCGCUCGUGGGGUCUGCGAGAGAUUCCCUGUGUGGCGAAAACGCUUAUGUGCGGCGAUACUGGGCUAGGUGCGAUGGCGGAGGUGGACACGAUUGUCUCUGAAGUGCUGCGGUGGCUGACGGAUGCUAAUUUAAGGGAAUCAUUGAAGUUUUAGUAUUUAAAUACAAUAUUGCUAACGAUUGUUA